AGCGAUGUUUUGCUAAUAGCCACAGCUAGCUAACUUUGUCUGGCAGUUGGCUACUUAAUCUGAACCUCCGGGAGUAGCCAGAUUCAACUCGGCUCUUCGCCCUAUUGUUUACAUAAAUGUGAUUUUCGACUGUUUUAAAGAAACGGAGCCAUGAACGGAAGUACGAAUCCGCUGCUGGACAAAGAGGAGCAUAUUUUGAAGCUCGGAGAAAGCUUUGAGAAGAGGCCAAAAUCUUCUUUUCACACUAUCAGAUACGACUUCAAACCAGCAUCUAUCGACACAAGUUGUGAGGGAGAACUACAAGUUGGAAAAGGAGAUGAAGUUACCAUAACGCUACCUCACAUUCCCGGCUCCACGCCUCCGAUGACAGUAUUUAAAGGAAACAAGCGACCGUACCAGAAGGACUGUGUACUCAUCAUUAAUCAUGACACUGGGGAGUUUGUACUGGAGAAGCUGAGCAGCAGCAUCCAAGUCAAGAAAACCAGGGCGGAGGGCAGCAGUAAGAUCCAGGCCCGGAUUGAGCAGCAAUCCGUUCGGUCCAACCAGCCCAGCUCCCAGUUUCGGGCCCCUACCAAGCCUGGGGCUGGAAUCAAAACCUCUCCCUCCCCAUCUAAGGAUAAUCCCUCCCCAGAGCCACAACUUGAUGACAUUAAGAGAGAGCUGCGAGCAGAAGUGGAGGUAAUAGAGCAAAUGAGCAGCAGCGGCAGCAGCAGCUCCUCUGACUCAGCCAGCGCUUCAGGAAGUGGCGACGACAGCAGCAGCAGCGACGGUGAGCACGACGCCCCCCGGCCCCUCAGCCAGACCUCCCCCAGCCGCCACCCCAUGGCCAACGGAGGAGCCGACCGGCAGCAGGGCAACAACCAGCUCAUGAACACACUCCGAAAUGACCUUCAGCUCAGUGAGUCAGGCAGUGACAGCGAUGACGACUGAACUCUUCUGGUCAGUCUCUCGCUUCACGCUCCUCCUCCUACUUUCUGCCUGGUUCACUUAUUCCUUUGCUGUGAUAGCUGACCCCAGCUGUAUAUCUUGGUUUGACUGUAUUUUUUAAUUUUAUUUUAGUAUAUCCUUUAAGCUGGCCAGCUUGGAACUUUGAGAGUGUAUUUUUUAUUAGAUGUAUAUUUUGUUUUGUAUAGCAAAACUUCAGAAAAUGAAAAGUUUACUUGAGAGGUUUGAAAGAAUAUAUAUUAGAGUGCACAUGCAUAUUUUCUGUACUUAGAGAAGCUAGUUUUAUCCACUUCUAUUAUGUGUUUUUGUUGGAUUUUAUUUCUUUCUAGUAAGUAGAGUGGGUCUUGAAAUGUCAUUCUGUAUUCCCUCCCCUCGUCUUGUCAUUUAUCAGAGAAAGCUGUGGGAGUCUUCUCUACAACAUUAUGUUUUUAUCAGUUUGCUAAGCAUACAAAAAAUGCAGAAUUGCACAAAUAUCCUGAAAAUGAGCAACACAUCAAAGAAAAAAAUGCCAAUUUGCCAUCUGCUAAUCUAGUCAGUGUUGAGAUCAGUAUUGAGCACAAGAAUCAACUUUAUUCUGUGCCUUCCUAAUCUCAACUCUAGGUGGCUGUUUGCUGUUUAUUUUAGAGAAUAAAUAAUCUCACUAAAGGUCAAUGUGUCAAGCUAAUGUUAGAUGACCUUUGUUAAGGAAUAUGGCUGGUGUCAUUCUACAUUUGCCUUGCAGACAACAAAUUCCAUGAAAAAAACAAAACUAAUAUGUCAGAUCGUCUCUCAAUAUGCCUCAACUACUGUAAUACAAGGUAGAAUUGUUUGAAUGGUUCACCAACAUAUUAUCUGAAUUUUAAAAAGGAUUAGUAGUGUGUUGACGCAGCCAGGCACUGGAAAUGAAAUAGGAAAAUGCAUUUGUUAGGAACUAUUUUCAGUGGCAGAUUUAUCAAAAUUUGGUAGGUUAUGCUUUGUUUUUUGAAUUUGUUGAUAAGGAAAAAAAUAAUUUUCUAGGUUUCCUUUUUAAAAUGUGUACCCAUCAUAGAUGAAUUUAUCUGAAUUAUGUUUCAAGUUGCUGCUCUAAUGAUUUUUAGGGUUUGGCUGAAUGCAAGACUCCUAUUUUCUUAUACCUGGUAGGAAACUAGAGGUGCAACAUGUUGUUAUGUUUUAUGAUUUCACCACAAGGGGGCAGAAAAGACUCAUUAACAGGUUUGUAGUGACUAUACUGGUAUAGAUAAUAUGUUAGCAAAGAAUUGAAUGUAAGUGUAGUAUUCACUCUAACUUUAGCUCUGGUUUCAUUUCUACUAACUGAAGAAAUUCAUCAGACUCAUUAGCUGCUAGAUGUUCCAUUUUCUUCACCAGCUACUCAUUUACUUCCUCUAUCAUGUAGCACUAGAUAUUAUUCUCUCUUAACUGUUUUAACUUAUGCAGCAGCAAAAGUUUUAUACAGGGAUAAUGAUUAGAGCCUUAGAAGCUCAGUCUGUCUGGAGUGGGAGGAUCAAAAAUAAUGAGCUAAAAAAGCUAAAGAAUUUCAGUCCAACUGCAAAAUUGGCUGUUGUUGGCAGUGUUACCAAAUAUAACUAAAUGCAGCUGUUAUAGUUCUGCUGUCCUUUGGCAUCUUACAGACAGUACAAAUGUAUUUUCUCAGCUCAGUUACUUUUGAGAAUUGUGGAUGUUAAAUCCUGCACUGUCAGUCAGUGAAAGAGUAACUGAUAAGUUAAUCAAAAUUUUAACAAGAAAAGCACUCAGAGAGCACAGUACUCCACCAAGGCUGCUCAGUUAUUGUACGUUUUCUGACGGAUAAGUCCCGAUAAGUCCACAGCGGUGGAUUUGUAGUAGGAUCACAAUCAUGUGAUCAUCAGCAGGCAGCUGACGUAGCGUUCACUUGUAGUCAUAGUUACAGUGGCACCGUGCCGCUAUCUGGCAAUGAUACAGAAAUCUGUAACGAAUCCGUGGAUUCAGACUAUAAGCUACAUCACUGCCAAAAUCUAAUCAGGUGGCCCUUGUGUCAUUUCUGACCUUCCCUGAAAAUUACAUCCAAAUCUGUCCGUUUUUGAGUAAUGUUGCACACAGAAAGACAGACAAAUGCACGCCGAUUGUCACAUAGCUCCGCUACGUUGCUUAGCGGAGUACAAAGGGUUAAGAUUUGAAGGGGGCAUCCAUAUACGAGUACAAAAAUGUCCUUAUCUGUUGUGGAAAAACAAACCCUGAAAACCAAAAUAUGCAGGAUAGAGUUUGAAAAGGGAAAUACAUUUCCCUCAAAGGGAUUUAGCUCUCUUUUUUUUUCAAAAUUGCCAUUUUUUUGUUGCAAAUUUAUUGUAUCAGCUACAUGUUGUAUUUUUUUAAACAGAGAACAUUUUAUUUUUGAUCCAGACUUUUCAUAGAAUACCUAUAUCAUAGUACCAUUCCAUGCCUUACAGCAUUUCAGUUGGGAAAUUAAGGUGAAUGUGUCAUUUUAUUAAAAUGCCAAAGAGUUGAACUGCCCCUCAUCAUGUUCAAGAUGUGCAGGAAUGUUCACAGUGUAACAGUGUCAUGUCAGUGUGUUUUUGUAUUUUACUAUUAUAUCGGAUUGUUUUGUGAGUGACUUCUCCCUUUAUCUGCCAGAGACACUGGUGCUAGUGAAUAUCGGUUGGUAUUGGUUGUAUGAUAUAUCAUUAUAAAAGCAGUGCAACAGCCUAGAGAUAGAAGAGUUUCAUUACAAAAUGGACAGACAUAGCUUUUACAUUGGCGUUUGAAUGUUGUUUUAUUUUCUCCAAAAGCAUGCGUUUUUCACCAUGACAUAUGUAAAAAGUGAAACACUUAAUCAUGAUCACAAAUGAGCUCUUCUUGUUAGACAGCUGACAAGAGUUCUAGUAAACUAAGAUUACUAACUUUAAAGAACAACUGUGUAUGUUUCGUGGGAUCUAGCAGUGAGGUUGCAGAUUGCAAACAAAUGAAUGGCCUUUUUUUAUUCCUCCAUUUCCAGUCAUGACGAUGAGCCCAUGGUGGCUGCUCUAUCUAGAGCUAGUGUUUGGUUUGUCCAUUCUGGGCUACUGUAGAAACAGGGCAGGCGGUCCUUUACACGCUUCCUCUGUCUAAAUGAGAGGUUUCUUCUAAGCUAAUGGUUCACAGGUAGACGUGAUUAUAUGAAAACAUAAUUCUGAACAUUAUAUUCAGUUUCUGCUAAGUGACCCCCAAACUCCUGCACAUUGGCCCUUCAAAAUCAGGCACAUGCUGUACACAAGAGAGACAAAGACAUGAUUGUACCCCUAACACAUAGAGUUUACACUAUUCUUGUUUUAAAUCAUUUUUCUGAGAAGUCUGUCUACACAAACAGUGUUUCGGCCACGUUUUCAGUCAUCUUUCUCAAGCACGUUUUAAUGAAUAUUGACAGCUGUCUACCAAGGCCACUUAACAGCACACAUUUUACACGUGACCACAACUCAAAGCAUCUUUUUAGGUCUAAGCUUAUAUUAUGCAACCACAGUAACCCUGUACUGAGCUCUGGGUUCUGCCACAACACAGGUGACCUGUACACCACUCUGUAGUACUGGACUGAGGCUGCUGCUGCUGGUUCUCUGACAUGCCACUUUCAUUAUGAGACACUUGUAGAAAUGGCACUAGAGAUGUUUGUGUGACUGUACAUCUGCAGAGGGACAAUAAUAGCACAGAAACAAGUGCUUUUUCAAUUAAACCAGCUGUUCUCUAUAUAAGUAACACUCUACAGUGGGCUGUAAAUUGAAAUCUCAGAUACUUAAGACAGUUAAUAUAGGCAGUAAAUAGGAAACGAUUUCAGGUGCCGCCUCGGUUAAAUUUCUUGCGCACCCACAGGUGUUUUCACUUUGCACCUAGUUAGGCUUCUUCUCAGGACUGUGCUCCAUUGGCAUCGGCGUCAUUCACAUUUUGCACCUUUUCAAGCUACAGUAUGUGAGAUCAGCAAGAGUAAGCUAGAUUUAGAAAGUACACGAGUACAGCUGGAUUCUUGAGCAGUGGAUCAGGGUGCAUUCAAACUACAUCAUGUUCCAUUAACCACAGGACUCACCCCCACCAGAAAAGACAAAAGAGAUAAUUACCUGUCCAACAGAAGAGCAGCCCACAUAACUUUUCAGGCCCUUUGACUCCUGGAGUUGCAGGUUUUGAUGUAUAACUCAAACACAUCAAUGUGUGCAGCGAGCCUUGUAGUCUCUGGUGACCUGCAAAGUGUGCAUGGCCAGAGUGCAUGCAGGUGGGCGGGACAUUCAGUCAUUUCCUGCAGCCUGGAUGCAAUGAUUGGUUGGCUUUUUGCAAGUGUGUGACUGCCUCAGAUGACUGGUUUAUUUAGUUUUAUCAUCAGAGCAGUUGAUUUAUUCAUCGUUGUUUGGAUGUGAGGAAAGAUUAAACAAAUAAUGCUACAGGAAAACUUGGCAUACUGUAUCUUGAAGGUGGAACACACUUUACCAGAGAUGGAUGGGAUCAUCAACCACAUUGAAAAAAAAACAUCUGAAAACACCUGUAUGUGUGUGCGUGUGUGCAGGGCUUGCAAAUUGAAAACCGCAACAUUGCUACCAAAUCAAAAUGAGUAAAUUCAACUGAAUUCUGAAUUACUUUGCAACAAACAUUACAAGGAUGGAUGAGCAGCAUUUUGAAAUGAAACUCUUCAAUUAGCAUUUAGGACAUACGUUUUUGCAUUGCUGGAAUUAUCUGCCAUCAUACAGUAUGUAGCUGGUCUUGUUGGUGUUUAUAUCACAGCUGUGUUCCUUAAAAUGAUUUUCUGCUGGAUUUUUUUUUCAUUGACAGUCACUGACACACUGCACCGUGCUAAAAAUCAUUGUAAGUCAGAUAUUCUGCCUCUCGGAUUAUCACUUAAGUAUUUCUUCUUCCAUCUCGGAAAUUAGAAAUUACACACCCCCAUGGUGUUGACGAUUAGUUUCUCAACCUGGCCGAGCCUACAGUUGUUAUCCUGCGUUUAAACAUCAGCUGUACAUGAAGUUAGAGUGGAUGGUAAAGUGUUGAAUGAUUAAACCACCGAAGCAGGUGGACACAAAGGUCUAAUUUACCACUCUGGUAUUUUCCCUUGAAAACUGUACAACUCUUGAAAGGUAGUUUUGUUGUCUAAUGAUGUCUGUUGUAUUUGGUGCUUUAGUUGUCAUGUUUUUAAUUUAGAGCUAUGUGAACUAUGUUUGUACAAAUUUGAAGUGUAUUAAAGGUGUGCAAAUGCA